AUGCGUCCAUUUUCUACCACCAUGAACCCCAGCUCAAGCGCGAAAGAAAAGACUCGCGAGAUUGAGAGACAAAUUCUGAAUCCCAAGUCAGAACAGACCACUGACGACAAUUCGCCGCUCUCUGCUAUUACUAGAAUGAUGCAGGGAGAAAAAGCUCGCGCUAGCCAGGCCGUCAGUCGCGACUAUUCCCGCAUGGCCGAGAGUUUGGAAGCAGAGAUGAUUAAAGACCCAUAUGCCGAUCGUUCUCCUCCUCACCAUCUUCACGUUUACGCCCACAAACACAAUACACUCCUCACGCUGACCCAACCGAACGGGAACCCAAUGCUGUCGAUGAGCUGUGGACACCUCGGCUUUCGGAAAGGUGGACGUUCUGGAUAUGACCCAGCUUAUCAGUUGACGUCCCACGUGUUUGGUCAAAUUCAGGAAAGAGGCUAUCUCAUGAACAUCCAACGACUUGAAAUCGUCUUUCAGGGCUUCGGUCAGGGUCGGGAAGCGUUUACCAAGGUUCUGCUUGGCAGUGAGGGAAGGAAUAUUCGCGGGCUGGUCAGUCGAGUGACAGAUUCGACACGGAUAAAGUUCGGUGGUACGAGAAGCAGAAAGGUCCGCAGAUUGGGAUAA